UUUUUUUCUAAACAUAACAAAAAAUCGCUAAACAACGACAGCGACGACAAUAUACACAACAGAAAAGGCGACUGAAAACGACGACAACAUAACAACAACAACAAUGACGACAGCAUAAACAACAAGUAAAAACGAAGACGACAACAUACAAAACAGAAAAGACGACUGUAAACGACGACAACAUAAACAACAACAAUGACGACAACGUAAACAACGAAUAAAAACAACGACGACGACAACAUAUACAACAGAAAUGACGAAUGAAAACGACGACAACAUAACAACAACAACAACAACAAUGACGACAGCAUAAACAACGAGUAAAAACGAAGACGACAACAUACAAAACAGAAAAGACGACUAUAAACGACGACAACAUAAACAACAAAAAUCACGACAACGUAAACAACGAAUAAAAACAACGACGACGACAACAUAUACAACAGAAAUGACGAAUGAAAACGACGACAACAUAACAACAACAACAACAACAAUGACGACAGCAUAAACAACGAGUAAAAACGAAGACGACAACAUACAAAACAGAAAAGACGACUAUAAACGACGACAACAUAAACAACAAAAAUCACGACAACGUAAACAACGACGACAACAACAUAUACAACAGAAAUGACGACUAAGGGGGACUAAAACAUAAGCAAUUAUGAUGACGACAUAAGAGCGUUGACGACAGAGAAACUAAAAACAACAAACAAAAAAGAUAUACAGUGAGUCAAUAAAUUCACUGUGAAAUUAUUUCAUUAGAAACACAAUUUGUACAGCUUAUAAAAGUGUGUACAAAAGAAGAAGAAGUGAUUUAGUGACGAACGCAACAGAACAAAUGCAUAGUAAUAUAAAUAUAAUAUUAAUCAGAAACCACUUCGAUCCAGAUCUCCUUCUAUCCUUUGAGUAAUUAAAUAAAUAAAAAAGGCUAAUUCGAAAUUUUUUGAAAAACUGAAGCUAAUUUAGUAAUUCCUUUUUUUAUUUUGUUAACAACCUCCGUGACCACCAUCGAAACGUCCUUCAUUCGAACAGUCUGUUGUUUGCAAGAACAAAAUUUUCUUCCAUAAACAACAAACAAAAACAUUCAAAAUUAAAAAGAAUAAAGGAUGUAAAAUAUGUUAAAUUAUAUUAACUAAAAAAAUACUAAAAGUAAUAUACACAGAGACAAAUAAAAACUACGUAUGUAUGUUAAUAAUGAACAGUAACAACGACAUUAAUGACAUGGACAAAACAGCUUAUUUUGCAGCAGCCAACACGUACGUAAAAAUGAUAUUUUUUCAUAUGUAUCGUAGGUGUAUUUGAUAGGUAAGAAAAAAAGAUAGAUAAGAGAGAAAAAAGGCAGAUAUGAACUGUAGUGACAUACUGGCAGUCAAUAGAACUGGCAAUUGGAGUAACUUAACAAAUUGUGAUGACGCCAUAAUACCACAUAAAGGUUGUCUUGACGCGUCACGUGUUGUUCACAUCAUCACACACUCCAUUAUUAUUCAGCUCGUCAUUGCAUGCAACUCCUUUAUUCUCGUGAGACUGAAGCCCUUUGAAGCUCAACGACGCACCAACAUUGAGGUUUUAAUUUUAUACCUAAGUGUGUUCGACAUGAUGUCAUCUGUCAUGCUGAUUGUUGACGUUUAUGAAAACGUGACAUGCUUCAAAAAAUGGCCGCUGGGUUUGUUUGGAUGCAAAAUUAUAUACCCUUUGUAUGCUAUCUCACUCAACAUGUCUGUUUGCAUAUUGAUCAUAAUGUCCGUGGAUAGGUGUCGUUCCAUCGUCACGCCACUGAAAAAAAAGUUCUCACAAAUGAGCAUACAUAUCGCAGUGAUGCUCUCCUUCCUCGCGGUUGUCAUACUACAAUGGCAUCAAUUUCAAGCUCAAGUACUGAUUGGUCAAAGCUGUAACCUCCUUCGAUCGAAAAAAACAUUUUCCAUUACUCGAGUCGUUAUCACUAUAGUAAGAGACAAUACCUUCAUUUUCGUGUUCACAGUUACAUCGGUUUUGAUCUACAAGUCACUGAAGAGCAAUGUUUUGUUUCUUGGAUCUGGUGAAAGAAAGAAGAAAGAAACACACCGUGUUGUCGCCAUGUUGAUACUGAUGGAGCUUGUCUUCACUGUGUUAGUUGUGCCGUAUGAUGUGUAUGACUGUGCUAUGUAUAUCAGCAGAAUGUGGGGUGGACCAGGAAUUAAAUUUACGAGGACAAUACAACAUGUUGAUCGUAUUUUAUCAGCGUUACAAAUGUCCAACAGUUUUGCAAAUUGUUUCAUCUACGCCAAAAUGCACCAAUACUUGCGGGUGCGUUCAACAAGCACCUCAACAAUAAACAUAUCGGAAUAUAAUAAUGGUAGACGAGAAACGAAGCAAGAAGUGAUGUGGACCAACCCUGCGUACAAUCCCGAUGGAGAGUUUACCCUCCAAACUUGAGACUUCAAGUUAUCCCUAAAUACUGUCCUCACAGAUGGAAUCCUCACAGAUGGAGUUCUCACAGAUGGAAUCCUCACAGAUGGAGUUCUCACAGAUGGAGUUCUUACAGAAGGUGUUUCUGUGUGACGUAGAUAUUGAAAAAAAACACAAUACAGUUAACAUUUUCGUCAAAACUAAAUUUUCAUCUCAUGAUAGACAUGUUGAUAGAGAGUUUCUGAUAAUGAGACGGACUGGAGCUACAACAUUGAAACAAAAGUUGAUUUUUAAGAGAGGAUAUAUUGAGGACAAUGUACAUAAAUGUAAAAAGAUACAUUAUCAGAAUAUUGAAAAGUAUAUUUAGCUGAUAACGAAAUACGUAGUGUACCAUAAGGGUUGAUCAGAAUCAUCAUCAUACAAAUUUCUGAUAUACAGCAAAAUUUAUGCACUUUCAUUUUUUCUUUAAUAGGUUAAUUAGCAAAUUUAACAUAAUUUUUGUAAUUAAAAUGAAACAGUAUGUAUAUAAAUAUUUGAAUUCUAUUUUUUAAUUUUUCUGUCAGUUAUUAUUAU